UCUGCACCAACCGUAUUUUUUUUCUCCCCAAAGAUGCACCAACUGCAUCCCAUUCCGCUCCCUAUAGUCUAUUGAUUACAUAUACUGUGAUGAAGUUGUCGCUCGCAGUAUGCUUGGCCUGCUGCUCUUAGAUCCGUUCGGCUUCGGAACCUAAGCUGCCUGUAGUAGUAGACCCGUAACAAGAGAGCAGGGCAGGGACAGGACAAGAAGAAAAAGGAGGGCCAUUUCCGGAGCAGAGGAGGCAGGCAACUGGGUCAGCCCUCGACGGCCAUGGCCCAGCCCUUCUCCUCCUCAUCCUGCGUGCCUCGCCGCCCGCUUCCAUCGGCCUUCUCCCCGCCCCCAAGAACGAGCGCCUCUCAUGUUGCGGUGCACGGGCAGCGCCGCCGGGCCGUCGCGGCCGCGGCGUCCCUCCACCUCGGCCCGGGGGAGAUCGCCGAGCUCGCGCGCAACAAGGUUUUGAUUGCGGGGAUGAUGGCGGGCGCGAUCGGGCAGCUCGCCAAGCCCUUCACCUCGGGCACGAAAUGGGGCGCCGGCGGCGCCGGUUUUGACGCCCAGACCGCCUUCCGCUCCGGAGGGAUGCCCUCCACCCACUCCGCGAGUGUUGUGGCUGUGGCUACUUCGCUUGGCCUAGAAAGGGGCUUGGCAGACUCUGUGUUUGGGAUGUCAUUGGUGUUUGCCGCAAUUGUAAUGUAUGAUGCUCAGGGAGUUAGAAGAGAGGUGGGCAAGCAUGCAAGGGUUUUGAACAAGUUUUGGGUUCCUAGAGAGAAGGUACCUCAAGAUUCAGAGGUGGACAUGGCACCCGAGUUUGUUUCGGUAACUGAGGAGGCGAUUUCCUUGCCCCGUUCAAAUGCGAGCCCCUCCCCGAGGCGCAGUUCUUGGACGGAAUCACCAAGGUUGAAUGGACUCGGGAGUUCAGAACCUAAGAUAACUGAAGUGAGAGAACUGAAUUCGUCUGACAUCAAGAAGGGUUACCUGUUGAGUGAAUCUGUUGGCCACACAGAGCUCCAGGUCACUGCCGGUGCCUUGUUAGGUUUUAUUGUGAGCUUAGCCGUAUAUGCGACACUGUAACAGCGAUCUUUAUUACAUUCUUAGUUAGUUACACAUACAGAUAUUGUUACCCAAAGUAACACAAGUGAUUGAUUAUUCCCACGGUUAAUCAGUAAUACCUUUGCCAGUUUCAAACUA